AUGAGCGCCGCGCUCUUCAGCCUGGACGGCCCGGCGCGCGGCGCGCCCUGGCCCGCGGAGCCCGCCCUUCUACGAGCCGGCCGGCGCGGCAAGGCGGGCCGGGGGCCCGAGCCGCCCGCGCCCGCGCCCGCCAUGUACGACGACGAGAGCGCCAUCGACUUCAGCGCCUACAUCGACGCCAUGGCCGCCGUGCCCACGCUGGAGCUGUGCCACGACGAGCUCUUCGCCGACCUCUUCAACAGCAACCACAAGGCGGGCGGCGCGGGCGGCCUGGAGCUGCCGCCCGGGGCCCCCGCGCGCCCAGGGCCCGCGGCCCGGCCCGCUCAAGCGCGAGCCGACUGGGGCGACGGCGACGCGCCGGGUCGCUGCUGCCGCGCAGGUGCCGCGUGCGCGCAGACCGUGGUGAGCCUGGCGGCCGGGCAGCCCACGCCGCCCACGUCGCCCGAGCCGCGCGGCAGCCCGGGCCGCCCGCGCCCGCUGGACGCCGGUGUGCAACAUCAGAAAUCGCACAUGGGACUGACUGCAGAAACUGCACAGUUUGUGGAGGCAUUGGUGUUGGAACCCAGCACUAGUGACUUAGAAGCCUACGCGAAGAGAGAGGGGUGGAGGAAGACGUGA